GUCUGCUUGUGUUUCUGCAGAUCUAUGACCAGUAGACUGUCACCAUGACAGACGCCACCGCCCCCCUCACCUCAGAGAUCCCCAUCACCAGUAACGGCACUCCCAACGAUGCCGCGGAGGACGACACCUUCGAGAGGGACCUGAAGAAAAUGCUCCAGGAUGGCCCCAACCUAAACAACAGCAGCGCCGUCCAGGGCGGGUCCGGAACCACGCCGACGACCGUAGCGCCGACGCCGUUCAGCGGCGUGCGUUUGAACUCGCCCACGGCCCCGUCCCAACAGCAGCAACGUUCCCCCACGGGGCCUGUGCCUCCCCCGAACCCCUAUGUGGGAAGUAGGUUGGCGUCCACACUAAAACCGCCACAGUAUCAAGCACCAGGUUCGACCCAAGAACUAGAGGAUUAUGAAGCUGAUGAAUUUGCAGCCAGACCGCCCCCCACAGCAAUAGAACACCAUGCGGAGGGUGGACCCCCGCCACAGUCCAUGGCCAACGCUGUGUCCAAAAUCGAGUCCAUCAAGAACUGGAGCUUAAAACAGAUCAAGUGCACGCGGCAGAUCCUGUCGGAGCGGUUCGGACGCGGCUCCCGGACGGUGGACCUCCAGCUGGAGGCCCAGAUCGAGGUUCUACGGGACACGCAGCGCAAGUACCAGCAGAUCCUGCGCCUGGCGCGCGGCAUGGCCUCGCACUUCUACAAUGUGGUGCAGACACAGAGGGCUCUGGGGGACACCUUCUCAGCAUGUGCAGAGACCUUACAAAUGCAGAUGCAGAACUCAAACUAUUACAAUGAUCUAGCCCAGAAGUCUCCAGAGUUGCAGGAAGAGUUUACGUACAACGCAGAGACCCAGAAGGCCCUGUGUAAGAAUGGGGAAACCCUCCUGGGUGCAAUCAACUUCUUCACAUCCAACGUCAACACGCUAGUCAACAAGACCAUGGAGGACACCCUGCUCACAAUAAGGCAAUAUGAGCAGGCCAGGGUGGAGUAUGAUGCGUACAGGACAGACCUUGAGCAGCUGCAGCUGGGACCAAAAGACGCGGCUGUGCAGGCCAGAAUGAAGGAUGCAGACAGUGCCUUCCAGGCUCACAAGGACAAGUUUGACAGGCUCAGGGGCGAUGUCGCCGUUAAGCUUAAAUUUCUGGAGGAAAACAAGCCUCACCAGGACAAGUUUACUAGGCUUAGCGGUGACGUGGCUGUCAAGCUUUCGCUAUUGGAAGAUAAUAAGGUGAAGGUCAUGCACAAGCAGCUGCUCCUCUUCCACAACGCGAUCUCCGCGUACUUCGCCGGGAACCAGACGGCACUCGAGGCGACGCUGAAACAGUUCAACAUCAAACUCAAGUCCCCCGGGGAGGAGAACCCCUCCUGGUUGGAAGAGUAGCCCGGGAACAAGAGCGGGUCGCCCCCCUGUAAUAUGAUAGUUCUGUAUAAAUAGCAUGUCAAGUGAUGCACCUUCUUCUCAUGGGCUUGAAUGUGGCUGUUGGAAGAGUGCCCUUUGAACAAGAACCAAUAGUCCUUAAAAAUACCUAGAAUGUCACUAAAGCCAUCUUCUUUCCAUGCUACCAUGUAGUACCAUGUUUUGUGUUUAUAGGAACCACAGUAACUACAUGUACAUGUAGGUGGUGCCUACUUUCAAAAGAAGUGGCUUUGUCGCAUAUAUUGUUGUUUACAUGAACAUCACAUAUGUUGGCUGCCAACAAUACAUACAUUGUACAUGUAUACUGUGUUUUAAUGAUAAUAGAAUACAUUUCAAAGAAUUGAUAUUCUUUGGGACACAUCAUCCUAGUCUUAGUUCAUCAAUAUCUUGAGCUAAAUGUACACUCGAAGCACACAAAAUACCAGGGAGACAUGUAGUAACUUUUAUAUGCUGACUACUGUUAGGUUCGGUACUCUAAAAAAUGCUCCCUAAAGCUUUUGUGACAAGAGCUAGAAUUUAACAUAAGAUAGUACGUACAUGUACAUUCAUUUCUUAUGUUAAAGUAGAUCCAGUGAAAAAGUACUGGAUAGAAAACGUACACGAAAAUAUUGGUAACAUGAGGAGAAGAUGGCAUCACAAAUUUCUGAUGCAAAUAACAUGUCCCACAUGCUUGGGACGUACAAUACCUGUACAGGUGUUAAGUUAUAAAUGUAGAGCACACUUGUCACCAUGUGUAAGUAUGUAGUUAGUUGUUUCUAUGUGGAAAAAGGUAUUAGUGAGUUCAUGUGUGUAUGUAACACCUCCAAUGGGGGUUACCAUUGGCAUAGGGGUAGAUAAGAUAUUGGGGUAUUUUUUUUUCUUUCAAAAAGGGAAACAAAAACAGAAUACCAAAAUGCUGAGAGUAAGAUAAAAAGGUGUACAUGUAAAGAAAGUGCUGUGUUCUAGGUAUGGUAGAUACUGUUUUUGUAGGGAGGGGUGUCAGCGGGGAAAGUACACAACAUUGUGCAAGUCUAGAAGCUAGAAGGCACCGUAGUUUGUAAAAAAAAAACUGUUGGUAAGGCACUAGGAAAGAAAUAAGGAUUUUCCAGCAUUGUUUGCAAGUGAGCUUUUGUGCUUUUUUUGUAAUGUUAGUUCUGUGAACUUGUUUUGCAAGCUUUAAUAUAGGCAGAACCUUGGUAGAAAGCACUGUGCCUGGGCAAAGCCCUUAUUGUGCAUAGCACUUCAGCAGAACGUCAGAUUUGAGGCCAUAUUCCCAUCUAUAGGUUACAAAUGUUGUGUGUACCUUUUUACGUGUACCGUCUGCAAUGGGCAAAAUUCAUGCACCUUAGUGAAAAAAUACACAGAUAUUAUAACAAUUACAAACAAGCUUCAUUGUCAGUUACUAUGAUCCUUUUGCCUACCCAUGUAACUAACAGGGAAUUUGGUAGCCAAACAGCUACUUCAGUUUUCUAAAAACUGCACAAGUCACAGAAAAGCUGUACUGUUGCUAUUGUACAUGUAUAUACUCAUGUUAUAACACGAUCUUUGCUUUAUACUGUUCCCCAACAGAGCACAAACCUAUUUGACUUGUGUGUGUGCACUCUAGGGCCUGGUCACUCUUGCUAUGCCAUCAUCCUACAUUGCAAGCUAGGGGUAUAGUCGUGUAUGUGUGCUUCAAAAUACAGCUGUCUUGUUAGGGAAAAGGUUAUAAUAUCUUACUCGUACUCUUAGAUCCUUGUCCGUGGCUGGUCCUGUCAUAUCCUGCCUGCAAAUUCUACAGCAUCAGAAUAACACAACAACCUACG